AUGGCCACAGGGGCGGGUUUUGUUUCCAGCUCUGUCUUCCAGUUGUUGGAUGGGACCGGGAAACAUUUAAGAUGGUGGCUCCUUGGGGCAGAGCCUUAUCCGGACGGAGUUUGGGGAUGUGAUGUCCGCCGGCAUGGAGUUAAGAGAGCAUUAAAGUUGGACACUGUUAAAAAAGAUAAUCCAUCUGAUGAAACACCUUUGAAGACCAAAAAGAAGAAUCUAAAAUCUUACUCACCGACAACAGGAACAUGCCAAAUGAGUCCAUUUUCAUCUCCCACGAGUCAUAAUGCACAAACUCUCAGAAAUGACCCAUCAAAUGGAGGUGGAACGGAGCAGAAUAAUUCAGAAAGCAGAUUAUCCAGAAGAGGGCAGCCUCAAACAGAGGAGGAUGCGUUCAUGGAAUUGCAGUCCAAAGUGAAAAGUUCAUUGGUUAGAAUUGUGAAAAUAAGAGCAAAUCUGACAAGUCUACAGGCUUUAGAGGGCAGUAGAGAGCUUGAAAAUAUUAUUGGUGUCUCAGACUUGUCUUGCAUCUUGAGUGCUGAACUGCAGAAAACCCAAGUGCUAAUGAGUCAAGCAGAAGAACUGCAGCUGUUGAAAAAAAGCCAUGGAAAACUUCCUGCCCCAGAGUAUGUUCAGGCUGCCAGCAGCUCUGCAUUCCUGAAGUCGCUCCUUGACUGAGGCAUUAUGUGAAAAAUGCAUUCCACAUCAACCCAAAGUUCUACAUCUGCUUGACUGUACUUAAAAGGAGAGAAGAAAUGACUGUAAACCUAUCUCCCCAGCAAAUACCAGUUUGGGAUUGCUCGUUGCGCUAGGCAGGUGCACAUCUAGAUAAAAUUUCUGGCAUCUAUUUAAACUUAACAAUGUGCACAACCAGAUAAUCUCAAUGUAAAUAAUACAUCAUGGUGGUUUUAUGCAAGCAUGUGUACAAAAUGCUGAUUUACAUUUGCUGCUGCAUGGAAAAUAAACUAUAUUUUCUGCAUGUUCUUACUGCAAAUAUAUAAUUAUGCUACCUUAUAUUUUUUAAAAAGAAAAAAAAAUAAACACACAACCUCCCAGAAAAAUCCCCACUCUAACCCUCCCCACAAGAACUGGGUGAGAAGAAACCACGUCAGAAGAUGGCCUUUGGUUCCCAGGCCUCCAGUGGGAAGUGGCUGCUUCCUGACAGGGUGGGGGGUGCAUGUGUGCGGGCGCCCUCAUUUAAUCAGUGCCUUACCCCCAAAAGCUAGCAAAAUGUAAUUUAAAUGAAUGCAUCUACUGGUGCAGCAGCCUAACACUGGAUGACUACUUCUAGUAACGACUGGGCUCAAGAGCCAGAGGCAGCAAUAUUGUGCAAAGAAUUACUCUGAGUGUGGAACACGUCUACAAACAACAGUUUUUCUGUCUGUGGCUGCCACAGUUAGUUAGGGACGUGUUCGUCAUCCACAAAGAUGUUUCCUCCGAAGUCAACCCCAGACACACUAUGUAACGGUAUCAGCUUCAAGCCCACAGCAGUAAAACACAUGGCUCUAAUAGUAAUAUUUGCUUUUUAAGUGAACUUAGUUUAGUUUUGGUAUUUAAUGAUAUAUGGGGGGAGUUGUUAUAAACCAGUUUCUUCUCUUUUUCAUUAUCCUCAAAAAACCUCCUCUCCAGCCUAGUGAAUCCCCUGCGUCUCAACUGGGUACCUCCUGUUAAAGACUGAAGUAGCAUGAUUUUUUUUUUCCCCCCAGAGAGCGAAAGUUCAACAUAAAUGCACAGAAUUGGCCAUCCUUUCUUGCUACCACUGCAAAGUACUGCUA